AUGGUGAAUAUUGAUGAACUUUUUGAUCAAGUGGGAUUAGUCGCGGAAUUAUGUGCAAAGUGCAAGUAUGUUCCACUUUCACUGGCGUCGUCCACUGAGGAGAUUGAGGGGCUGACAGCGGCCGAGGAGCCAAAAAAGAGGCAAGCGGCAGAGGAGGAGGAGGAGAAGAAGAGCGAGACAGGGACGGAGGCGGAGACGAAACAAAAGGCGGAGGACGACGAGAGGAAGAAGAGGAUGCAAGUGGCCGAGGACGAGGGGAAGAAGAUGAAAACCUUGGCCGAAGAUGAACGGCAGAGCCAGAGAGAAAUGACUCCACCAAGCAAUUGGUGGCUGCCGAUGGUGGAUCCUCCGCCGGGGGUGCCAACCAUAUACCUAGCCGACUACGAAUAUGACACGCGCUUGGGCUGGGGCUCCAUCGGAUAUGUCGACAGGGUCCGACACAAACCCACCGGCCGACUUUACGCGCUGAAAGCUGUUCGCAUCCAUGACCACCAGCGCUGCCAAAAUAGGGUGAGGGAGUACAUGGCCCUUGCUCCCACACUUGAGUAUCGAUCCAUCGUCAAAUGUCACGGGGUUCAAACAGAGCGAGGUUACAGCCGCUUGUUGUAUGACCUCAUGACCUCCCCUCUCAGCGGCUUCCAAACUCAUGAUAUGGAAAUACUUUCCCAUAUUGCGGAUAACAUCUUGUUUGGCCUGCAAUACCUGAGGAAGAAGAACAUUGUCUUCAAAUUUCUCAGUCCUUCCAAUAUAUUCUACGACGACGCUGAUAUGGCUUUUAAGAUUGGUGAUGUCGGGGCUCCUAAGGAUCUCUUGUUUGAUCUAGAUUGCCAGCCCGUGCCAAAUGUAGAAGCGGAACGGUACGUGGCCCCUGAGCUCUUGAGUUAUACGGUGCGUUUGUCUGUUGAAGGGGUGGAGAAUUGGGAUGUGUGGAGUCUUGGGAUGUGUCUGCUCGAGUUCUAUUUGGGGAAAUUUCCCAUUGACUAUGACAAGAGGAAGGAUACCAAGGGUGUUUCCCUGCCAUUUUUUAUGGCUGGGAUGCCGAAUCCUCCUCGAGCACCCCCCGAAGCAUGGCCACCUUUCCGGCAUUUCAUCGAGUUGUGUCUCCAGCGGAGUCCAGCUGACAGGGCCAGUGUCGACCAACUGCUGUCUCACGAGUUUGUACUCACAUUUGAUUUUGAACACCAAGAGGGGAAGAGGAAAAACGAAGGGGAUAGACUAGACUAA